CGGUACGAGCGGGCGUCCAUUUUGUUUCGCCAUAUUGAAUUUGGUCGGACAUCUUUGGACGCCAUGUUUAGUCAGACAUAUUUUAUAAACAUUUUCGCGUAAAUUUCAAAUAUUUUUGAGGACUUAAUAUCGUACUUUUUUUCACUGAAGUGUGUAGAGUAAAUUAUUGUGAAAAUUAACUAGAAAAAUUCAGUGCCUACGCAGCAGCCCAUAACUGUCUUUAGGGGGCCGUUCAGCUUUUGUGUAAAGCUAAAUAAAGAUUGAAUGAAAAAUGAUGAACCAGGAGAUUAUGUGCGAAGUAGAGAUAAACUCACAUGGAUCAAUGGUAGAAAUUGAUAAUGAUGAUCAAGUGGGUGUCAAGUAUGAAGAAAUAGAAACAAGUCAAUAUGAAGAAUAUAUCACUGAUGAUCAAUAUGAGGAAGUGGAGGAACAAGUCAUUGGGAUGCAGCAUUUGGAAGAAGAUUAUAAAAUUACAGUUGGUAGCGAAGAAGUUAUCCUGCCAGGAAUGGCGGGAGAUGACCCUUUGCAUAACUCCAAUGAAGUUAGCUAUGAUUCAGUGUAUACACCCGCAUCUACAAGUAAUAAUAAUAAUAGAGCAAAUCGGGGGAGGCCACGCACACAACCACAAAGUAUUCAGCAUUUAAUGCCAAUAGGCGAAGUACCAAUGGGUUUAAUGGAUGGCACAACUAAUCGAGGCACUGCAAGAAGAUGGGAACAAAAGCAGGUUCAAAUAAAGACUAUGGAAGGAGAGUUCUCUGUCACUAUGUGGGCCACUGGUGAAGAUGAUGAUGACGGAUCAAAUCCAGAACCAGAUCCAGACUACACAGAAUAUAUGACCGGUAAAAAGAAUGUACUAGGGAAUGAUGCUAUGCCAGGUUUAGAUUUAUCAGACCCAAAGCAGCUAGCGGAAUUUGCUCGACCUGGACACAAAAUAAGACUGAAGAAACCGUCUCCUGAAUCCUCAGAUAGAACUAUAGCUUGUCCACAUAAAGGGUGUGCAAAAAUGUUCAGAGACAAUUCGGCAAUGAGAAAACAUUUACAUACACAUGGGCCAAGAGUACAUGUUUGUGCAGAAUGUGGAAAGGCUUUUGUAGAAAGCUCGAAGCUAAAACGUCAUCAAUUAGUUCACACUGGUGAGAAGCCGUUUCAAUGCACUUUUGAGGGAUGUGGGAAGAGAUUCUCACUAGACUUCAAUUUAAGAACCCAUGUCCGCAUUCACACCGGUGACCGACCAUAUGUGUGUCCAUUCGACGGGUGUAAUAAAAAGUUCGCGCAGAGUACAAACCUCAAGUCGCAUAUAUUGACCCAUGCCAAAGCAAAAUCAAGAAACUCUUUAUCUCGCAACAGUGGGCCUGCAUAUGAUUCAGCCCGAACAACACCUCAAUUUGUCCAGUUGGAAAUGUCGCCGGACGAUUCUAACCCUCAACUAAUAUUUUACACACAUGAAUGAGACUUAAGUGAUAGUGAAGUGUAAAGUGUAAAUACUUUUGUAUUUAGUGAAGUGUAAAUGGAGUUUGGAAUGGACAUCAAUUUCAGGUUAUGUUGGGUUACAAUUGAAUUCUAAUAAAAAUAGAACAAUUGUAUAAUAAACUAAUACAAUAAAACUGAAAUUUAAAUGUGUGAUACUGGUGUAAGAAUAUGGACUAAAGAUAUUGUGAAUGCAAGUGAGUAAAUGUGUUUAUUUUUCUUUAGAUAUAUAAAAAAUGUUACAGUCAUGUGAUACAUCAAAUAUAGAUUGAGUUGUUUCAAUUGUCUGUAAUUCUAAGACACAAUUGUUACUAAAAGCAUUAAAUCACCAGAUAAAAUAUGGAAUAAAUAAAAAAUAUAUAUUCAGCUGUGUGUCAUCAAUAUUGACAGAAAAUUGUAUUGUAUAUAUCAUUGGUUAUUAAAAACAACAAUUAAUAUAAUAUAUAAAACAACUUUUCUAUCUGGGGCCAUUCAAGUAUUACGUAAGCACUAAAGGUGUGGGGGGUGCUAAACAGUAAUUAUUUACUUUUUUAACCAUAUUACCCACACAUGGUCUAUGCUUGAAACCAAAUAAAUUUUCGAGGAUUCCUACAAAAAAUUAACAUGUUUAUGUACUAUUCUUUUUUAGGGCUUUGCUUACUUUUGCUGACAAGAAGAAGGAGGUGAUAAAUUGCAGUUAAUAUUUUUACAUAAUACUUGAACAGGCCCUUUGUCACAAAUUUUCUUUUUCAUGUGUUUAUGUUUGUAAAUAGCUGGAUUCAACCUAAACGUUUUACAGAACUUAAACCUAGUUUCGAGCUUAAUUAAAUGUAUACUUUAACAAACAUCUAUGUCAAUUAAGUAUAAAAGCUUAAAUAUGAUUGCUUUGCCUGUACUAAUGUGUGGCAUUCAUUUUAAAUAGCUCUUAAAUUUAAUUGAAUUAAAAUUUCCUUAUUACCACCCUUACAGUACUCUUAACACAAAUGAUGGUAAUAUUAAAACAAUUCAAUUUCAAAAAAGAAAACAACAAUUAAUUUCAAAAACUUAGAACUUUUUUUACUUUAUGGACCUGAAAAACAAAGUAGUUUUAUUUUAAAGUAUUCUGUUAAGAACUAAGAUUGAUACUCAAUGUAAUUUGUCUGUUUUUGCUAAGAGUACUUUUUCCAGGUUCACUGAUAUGUGUAAAUAGUGUACUAUGUGAUACAAAGUUUAUUUACACUAAAAGUGUGGUAAAGUCACCAAUGUUGACAGAUUGAACUUUUAAGAUGUGAUUCAACCAUAAAUUUAUACAAAUACAAGGUAAAUAUUGUUAUGAAUAUUUGGUAUAAAUGAAUCAUUGAUCAUAAAUUGUCUACAUAAUAUCAAAGCAAUAAUGACCCUUUGUGAUUUAUACCAAUAUAAAUUAAAAUUUACAGCUUAAACUGUAAACAUUACUGAUCAAGAAAAUAUUUUGCAGUAGAAUUGAAAUAAUCCUUAACUUUCAAAUCUUUAAGAUUUAAAGUCUUUUUAAAUUUUGGACACUUAAGAAGAACCAACUUUAGUCUAGUUUGUCUAUUUAUGCUUCAUUCCAUCUUAAGAGUUACAAAUAUUUUGUAGUGAUCUUGCAAUAGAUAUAUUUAUUUAGUUUAUUGUCUUUUAUUAUGAAUUAAUGGCAAAACAAUUUCAAUUAUAAUUUUCAAAGAAAAUAUAUACAGGUUUAAGAAAGUGUAUAUAUGUCUUAAUUAGUAAUGGCAACUGAAACCAAUUUAUUAUGAAAGAUAUUAUAUAUGAAUUUAGUUUUUCUAUAAACUGACACUCAAAAGUAAAAAUAUUUUAGUUUGAGGGUUUCAAUUAAAGUUUAUUGGAAGGUACUUAUAAUUAUUUAGUUUUCCUAUUAUAUUAACAAAGUGUUAUUAAUAUAAUUCAAAAUCUUAUUUUUCUUCCUUAUUUUUAAGAUUUCUCAUGAAGCCUUUUAUGAUACACUAUCUGUAAAAAAAUGGAUGCAAUGAAAUUCAAGCCUUUAUUGGUCCCCAUCUGUUUUUAGUUUGUGAUUUUUAUAAUCAAAUCCAUGUCAUGAGAUGUUAAGUGCUAUUGAAAUACACGUCCAUACAUUCAA